AUGGAGCAAUACCACAAGUUCUGCGCCACGAACAAGAUCUCGCCUCGCCCCCUCGAGGUACCCCUACCAAACUCUGACGAUGUGGUCUCAGCGCACUGGAUAGGCGAUCCAGAUGCGGACGCUGUGGUGUUGUACUUCCACGGCGGUGGCUACGCGCAAGCCGGCACGGAGGGCUAUCUACGCUACUGGACACGCACAGUCGACGACCUCAACAGUGGUGCUAAAAAAAUCGCCGUGCUGCAGCUCGCGUACAGUCUUGCCCCUGAAGCGCCGUAUCCAAGACAACUCCGGGAAGCAGCUGCUGUGUUAGCGCAUCUCAUCGCCUCCGGACGGCGAUCGUCAGAUAUCAUUCUCGCGGACGACUCUGCAGGUGGGAAUCGCUUGCUGGGGCUGUUUUCGUAUGUGCUGCAUCAACAUUCUGGAUUGAAUGUACUGAAGAUUGAGGGGAGACUGAGAGGCGCCCUGUUGAUCAGUCCGUGGGUGACAUUUCGCCAGGAUCACGAGAGCUUCAAGAGAAACUACCAGACGGACCUAAUGGCGCCGCGCAAGCUGCGGCGGUAUGCGGGAAUUUAUCUCUCUCCCUCUGCUGAUCCAGAAGCGUAUCCCGGCCGUGUGCAAGGCGAUGCGUAUCAGAGCCUCUGA